CUUCCUCAAGUUUUAAAAUUCUGGCUUCUCUAUCUUCGUCUCGAUAUCAGAUUGGAACGCAAGCUUUUGGGCACUUCACGGGUUCACAAGAUGAAGCAAUUGGUCGUUCAAGAGGCUCCUAAAAAGAUAAAGCAUAUACAAUUUUCAGUUUUAUCUUCUCAAGAAAUCGUUGCUAUCUCCGAAUAUGAAUCCACUCAACGAGAUUUAUAUAGUAUGUCCGGUUCGACCGACCCAUCUGGUUUUGCAAUCCCCGGCGCGCCAGAACCUCUCGUGAAGAAACCAGCGAAAGGAGGUGUCUUAGAUACCAGGCUUGGUACAUCCGAUAAAUCAGGAACAUGCGGCACUUGUAACGCUAAGAUGGCCGAUUGCGUUGGACAUUAUUCAUAUAUCAAACUUAUUCUUCCAGUCUUCCAUAUUGGUUAUUUUCGGGCUGUGAUUCAAAUGCUUCAAGAUAUAUGCAAGACUUGUGCAAGAGUGAUGUUGAGUGAAGAAGAUAGGAGAGUUUACCUACAACGAUUUCGAAGACCAAAUCUUGAAAAUUUACAACGUCAACAUUAUGCAAAACAAGUUAACACAGCUUGUCGUAAAGUCCUCACUUGUCCAUAUUGUGGUGCUACUAAUGGUAUCGUAAAGAAAGUGGGUGCACUUCGAAUCGUACAUGAAAAAUUCAGAGCCAAGAAGAAGGCCGACGAACUUGAAGCGUUUCGGGAUACAUUUAUCAAUGCAAUCAAAGAAACUAGAGAACUUGCACCUCAUUUACACAAAGCACAAGAAGAUAUGAAUCCACUCAGAGUACUAAAUCUAUUCCGGCGAGUGACACCCUCUGAUUGCGAGCUUUUGGGUUUGGAUCCAGAAGUAGGCCGGCCUGAAGAAUAUAUUUGGCAAUAUAUACAUGUUCCUCCGGUUUGCAUUCGACCAAGUGUAACCCAGGAGGCAGCUACGAAUGAGGACGACGUGACAGUCAAGUUGACCGAAAUGAUCUUUACAAAUACAUUGAUCAAGACUGGUUUGGUCAAGGGUGUUCCAACUCAGAAUAUCAUGGAACAAUGGGAGUUUUUACAACUCUCCGUUGCAAUGUACAUCAAUGCCGAACUCCCUGGAGUGCCUUCACAAAUGGGUGCAAAACCUAUAAAAGGUUUUUGUCAACGACUGAAAGGAAAAACUGGUCGUUUUCGAGGGAAUCUUUCGGGUAAACGUGUGGAUUUCUCAGGGAGAACAGUCAUUGGCCCAGAUCCAAAUCUCAGUAUCACUGAAGUGGCUGUUCCAGAUCGGAUGGCUAAAGUUCUGACCUACCCGGAGCGCGUUACAGCGCAUAACUUGGACCGUUUGCGUCAAUGCAUACGUAAUGGUCCUGAUGUCCAUCCCGGUGCUAACUAUCUGAUUGCCUCUGGAGCACCUGGUACUGCAGGAGCAGCAACCCAAUUCAAACGGUCUUUGAGGUUCGGUAAUCGUAAUCAGAUCGCAAACACUUUACGAAUGGGGGAUACAGUGGAGAGGCAUUUGCACGACGGAGAUGUGGUAUUAUUCAAUCGACAACCGAGUUUGCACAAACUUUCCAUCAUGUCUCAUCGCGCAAAGAUACGGCCGUGGCGGACUCUGCGAUUCAAUGAAUGUGUCUGUACACCGUACAAUGCUGAUUUUGACGGAGACGAGAUGAAUUUGCACGUCCCGCAGACAGAGGAAGCUCGCACAGAAGCAACCGAACUCAUGAACGUAAAAUACAAUCUUGUUACUCCACGGAACGGCGAGCCCAUCAUCGCAGCCACUCAAGAUUUCAUCACUGCUUCCUACCUCCUCUCGAGAAAAGACAAUUUCUACGAUCGCCAGCAAUUCACACAGGCCUUGCAAUACUUAUCAGAUGCUACUUUACAUAUUGAUCUACCUCCCCCUGUUAUAUGGAAACCUAUCCGACUUUGGACCGGAAAACAAGUUUUCAACGUGCUCAUGCGACCUAACAAAGCAUCACCAGUCAAAGUCAACAUUGAGGCCAAAUGUGCCACCCAUCAUAAAGCUUUACCUGAAUUCUUACCUGACAUGUCUCCCAACGAUGGAUGGCUUGUCAUCCAAAAUUCAGAGAUCAUGUGUGGUGUCGUCGAUAAAGCUAUUGUAGGUGGUGGUAAAAAAGAUUCAAUCUUUGCUGUUAUCAAUCGAGACUAUGGUCCGGACGAAGCAGUCAAAGCCAUGAAUCGUCUUGCAAAAGUUAGUGCGCGAUGGCUGGCCAACAUGGGAUUUUCCAUCGGAGUUGGUGAUGUCACACCUGGUGAAAGGCUGUCUACACAAAAAGAAAGUUUGGUAGCAAAAGCUUACAAGGAAACGAAUGACUUGAUUAAGAGUUCGAAAGCGGGGCAGCUACAAACUCUACCGGGUCGUGAUCAGGAUCAAACGCUAGAGGCAAUGAUAUCAGGUGUCCUCUCUAAAGUCAGAGAUAGUUUGGGUGUCAUUUGUAUGGCAGAACUUACUAGGCAUAACGCUCCUUUGAUCAUGGCUACCUGUGGAUCCAAAGGUUCUACAAUCAACGUCGCCCAGAUGGUUGCUUGUGUCGGGCAACAAAUUAUCAGCGGUAACCGUAUUCCCGAUGGAUUUCAAGAUCGAUCGUUACCUCAUUUCCAUAAAAAAGCCAAGGAGCCACCCGCCAAAGGAUUCGUUCGUAACAGUUUUCAUUCAGGUCUUCGAGCCACAGAAUUUCUCUUUCACGCCAUCUCUGGAAGAGAAGGUCUGGUAGAUACGGCCGUCAAAACUGCAGAGACAGGUUAUAUGCAACGUCGACUGAUGAAAGCAUUAGAAGAUCUUUCCACUCGGUAUGACGACUCUGUGCGGAAUUCGGUUGGUGGUGUGGUACAAUUCACAUACGGUGAUGACGGAUUAGAUCCAACGUAUCUUGAAGGAGAUGGGGAACCGGUUGAAUUCGCUCGAACAUGGCGUCAUUCCAAGGCCACUAUCUCACAUCUCGACGGUCGAGGUUUAUAUCCAUAUGAGAUUGUACAAACAGUGGCCAAACGACUUGCUGAGCCUCGGUUCGCCAAAGCUUGUACAACCCGAUUCACAGAUUCAGUUUUGAAUUUCAUUACCAACUCAGUAGCCAAACCAGCAGCUACUUAUCGAGCGAGUUAUGGAAUGUAUCCAGCCAUGGAGAUGGAUGGCGAUUGGGAUGAGGAGACUGAUCUAUCAGCUGGAGUUACCGGUAAUAAGAAGAUAGUUGCAAACAAGACACAGGUGACGCUCAAACAAAUCGAUACUUUCCUAGACUAUUGUUGGGUCAAAUACGUCAAGGCAAAAGUGGAGCCUGGCACAGCAGUUGGUGCAGUUGGUGCACAAUCCAUUGGAGAACCAGGAACGCAGAUGACUUUGAAGACUUUCCAUUUUGCUGGUGUUGCUUCUAUGAACAUUACACUUGGUGUACCUCGGAUCAAAGAAAUCAUCAACGCGUCUAAAGUUAUCAAUGGUCCUAUCAUCAAUGCACCUCUGGUUGCUAAUCAAAGCGAGCGUGCUGCUAGAAUUGUCAAAGCCCGACUAGAAAAAACGUACCUUGGUGAUAUCACAUCUGUCAUUGAAGGAAUGUACUCGAAUGAAUCUAUGUAUGUUGGAAUACAUAUUGAUAUGGACACAGUCCGUCGCUUGCAGCUGGAAGUGACUUUGGAUACGAUCAAAUGGUCGAUUGUCAACGCUCCAAAAUUAAAAAUCCGUGAAGACCAAAUUCAAGUGAUACCUCGAAAAAACCGGAUCCGAGUAUAUGUUGAUGGUGUUUUAGCCGAUGGUGAAAAUGUGUUGCCAUUCUAUCAAAAGCUUAUGUUCCUUAGACGAGUUUUGCCCGGUGUGGUGAUCAAAGGCCUUUCUAAAGCUGGCAGAACUGUGAUUAAUAAGAAUACAUCAAAUGAAUAUGAACUACUGGUGGAAGGAUAUGGUUUACGUGAGGUGAUGACUACCGACGGUGUGGUGGGUACACAUACCAUGCCGAAUCACAUCAUGGAAGCUCAAUCAAUAUUGGGAAUUGAGGCUGGGAGAAAUUGUAUCAUAAAGGAAAUCUCAUAUACAAUGGAUUCUCAUGGACUUAAAGUAGAUCCACGGCAUAUGAUGCUCUUAGGAGACAUUAUGUGUUAUAAAGGAGAAGUCUUGGGUAUCACAAGAUUCGGUGUAGCUAAAAUGAAAGACUCAGCAAGUUUUUUUUCUUCAUUUGAGAAAACUACUGAUCAUUUGUUUGAUGCAGCUCUUUAUAGUAAAAGAGAUGCGAUUGAAGGUGUUUCUGAAUGUAUCAUUAUGGGUAAUCCUGCCAAUGAUAUUGGUACUUCUGCUGCUUGUUUGGUAUCUGAUUUACCUGUUUUACCACCCCCACGAAAACUUUUGUUCGAGAAUUGUUAA